AUGUUGUGGGCAGUGGCUUGGAAGUCCAUAGGUUUCCAUGUAUUUUUAGCAACUCUUCUAGCAGUGGGAGCUGCAUUCUCUAGAGAUUUAAAUGCCUCAGAGAAAAAUAUUUUUAGUGACUUUGGGCAAUUCCAACUCACAGAGAACUGGCCACCAGAGCUACGGAAACUCCAAGUCACUAAUCUUCACCCUAAUUUAUACUUCAGCCAAGACGAUGUACCACUGUUGAGACAAAGGUCAACUACAACCCAUAGCCACAUUUUUAAAGUCAUCCGGGCGGCCGUGUUGACUAUGCUCUCCAAUGGCCCGCUCUACAUGCCACCUGCCAAGCAUGAUGAGUUCACCAGCAAGUGGAAUGAGAUUUUUGGCAACAACCUCCCUCCUCUGGCUCUAUACUGUUUACUGUAUCCUGAGGACACUGCUGCCAUACAAUUCCUUGUUAGGUUUAUGGACCAAAUGUUAGAAUAUCCAGACUGGAAAGUAAGUAGUGCACCUAAUAACGAAGUACCAAUGGCUCAUUCGCUCACUGGAUUUGCUACUGCUUUUGACUUUAGUUACUCAAUCCUUGAUCAGCAGCGCCGGGACCUGUACCUAAAGAGAAUACAUGCUGAAACUGAAGAGCUCUAUGAGACGUCAAAGUACAGGGGCUGGGGGAAACAAUUUCUACAAAACCAUCAAACCACUAACAUUGUAGCAAUUCUGACUGGUGCUAUAGUUGUGGGUGCACAUGAUGACAUGGAGUCUAUGGUUUGGAAACAGGUCUCUGUAAAUUACAUGGAGAAGACAAUGUUUUUGUUAAAUCAUGUUGUCGAUGGCUCCCUGGACGAGGGUGUGGCAUACGGGAGUUACACAGCAAAGUCAGUCAUGCAGUAUGUUUUCUUAGCCCAGCGCCACUUCAACAUAGACAACACACAGAACAACUGGCUACGUACUCAUUUCUGGUUUUACUAUGCCACUUUACUGCCAGGGUUUCAGAGAACUGUUGGUAUAGGAGACUCAAACUACAACUGGUUCUAUGGACCAGAGAGUCAAUUAGUCUUUUUAGAUUCAUUUGUGAUGAAAAAUGGGUCGGGGAACUGGCUAGCACAGCAGAUAAGAAAGCAUAGACCCAAAGAUGGUCCCAUGGGUCAGUCUUUUGCCCAGCGCUGGACGACUCUUCACACAGAGUUUAUCUGGUAUAAUGCCGGCCUUACACCACAACCCCCUUAUGGCUACAAUCAAGCUAAAAUGCACAUAUUCACCAACUGGGGUGUUGUAACUUAUGGGGCGGCUUUACCUAAUGCUCAGGGCAACACCUUUGUCUCAUUUAAAUCUGGAAAGCUGGGUGGUCGGGCAGUGUUUGACAUUGUCCAUGCUAAGCCUUACUCAUGGGUGGAUGGCUGGAACAGCUUUAACCCUGGACAUGAGCACCCAGACCAAAACUCAUUUACUUUUGCUCCUAAUGGUCAAGUAUUUGUUUCUGAGGCUUUAUAUGGCCCCAAACUCAGCUACUUAAACAAUGUUUUAGUGUUCAGUCCUUCCCCAACAAGCCAGUGUAAUGCCCCAUGGGAAGGACAGCUUGGUGAAUGUUCCAAAUGGCUGCGCUGGACUGACAAGGGGGUUGGAGACUCCUCAGGAGAGGUGAUUGCUGCCUCCUCCCAUGGAGACACUAUGUUUGUAAGUGGGGAGGCGGUUGCAGCGUAUUCCUCAGCGAUGAGACUGAAGAGUGUGUACCGAGCACUGGUUCUCCUAAACUCACAGACACUUCUGGUAGUCGACCAUGUUGAGAAAUGGGACGACUCACCACUGAACACUGUCAGUGCAUUCUUUCAUAACCUGGACAUUGACUUUAAGUAUGUUCCCCAUAAGGUCAUGGACAGGUACAAUGGGGCAUUAAUGGAUGUCUGGGAUGCUCAUUACAAAAUGUUCUGGUUUGAUAGUAAGGGAUACAGCCCUGACACACAAUUACAGGAGGCGGAGCAAGCAGCAGAGUUUAAAAAGAGAUGGACACAGUUUAUCAAUGUUUCUUUCCCUUUCACUGAUUCAGUGAGUAGAAUGGCUUACGUCUUACAUGGGCCAUAUGUUAAAGUUUCCCACUGCAGUUUCAUCGAUAACAGUAAAAAUGGGCUAAAAGUUUCACUUGUCAUCAAUGAUACUGAGAAAAUAGUUUCUAUAGUAACCAAUCACAAAGACAUAGGGGCACGUUCAAGCUAUCUAGGCUUCGGGGGUCACGCAAAGUUGGAAGACAGACAUCAGAUCAUCCGUUUUGGCUUAGGAACGCAGCUUGUCCCCAAACAAACAACGAUACACAAUCAUCUGUUUGACUUUGGAUUUAUCAUAAAUGUAGUAGCUGGGGUAAUACUGUGUGUGGCCAUUAUUUUUCUAAGCCUACAACGCAUGUUCUAUGUUUGCUUUAUCAGAUUGAUGCGCUAUGCAUUGCUGUCAGUGAUAAUGUUGUGGAUCACUGAGCUCCUGUUCAUCUCUAACAGUUGCAGUCAGCUCCUGUGCAAGGGUAAGUGGCAAAGAGUUGCCACUGACUUUGAGCAUAGUGAGCAAAAUAGGCUUUAUGACCAGCAUCAAGUGCCUCUACCCACUGUAGUGAUAACAACAUUACCUGGCUUUGGAUCUGACAUCCUUAAACAUAUUUUCUACAACAACACAGACUUUGUCUACUUGCGCAUCCCUACAGAACACUUGGAUAUACCUGAGACAGAGUUUGAAUUUGACUCAUUAGUAGAUGCCUGUGAAUGGACAAGGACAGAAGUCCAGCAAGGGCAUUUCAAAAUGAUUCAGGGUUGGCUACAUUCACUGGUCCACAACAUCCACAUAUUCCUGCAAAAUAUCCCGCUUUAUGAAAGCAGCCAUAUUAAUCUGGCCCAAAGAGUGAGUCUCUCCCAGGACAAGAAGAAGAGGCUUAGGAGAAUAGAGUCAAUGGGUGAAAUGAAAGAACGUGUACAAGCUGCUUUAGACAGGGACAUUGAGUAUGUACGAGAGCUGAGGAAGCACAUACAGGACUACCCUAAUGCCCGUGCCGUUCUCAAUCUGUGCAGUGGCAGUUGGGCUCUCAAGCUACCCUUUCUUCAAGAAGUUAUCGGUCCUUCUCUUAGGGCCAUCUAUGUCAUCAGGGACCCCCGUGCAUGGAUCUAUCUGAUGCUGUAUAACAGCAAACCUAGUCUGUAUUCCCUAAAGAACAUCCCUCAGCACCUAGCUCUUAUUUUCAAACAAGAUAUGGUUAGAGACAGGUGUCCGAAUGCAUUUGCAGCAGAGUUUAGGAUGUUGUGGCGCCUCGUAUCCCAUUCAGAGACCAAUCCUGUGUUGUUGCUGGCCCACCUAUGGCUCGCUCACACCACUGCUGUUCUCAGAAUCAUAGCAACUUUACCUGAGGAGUCCUAUCUUCGAGUCAGGUUUGAGGAUAUUGUAAAUGUUCCUCAAGAGACAGCCGAGAGGAUACACUCUUUCCUGGGAAUCCCUGUAUCGCCUUCGGCCUUGAACCAGCUCAUGUUUACCACCUCCACAAACUUGUAUAACCUGAGGUACGAAGGGGACAUAUCAGCUGCCAACAUUAACGUAUGGAGGCAGAACAUGCCAAGGAGAGAUAUCAGACUCAUCGAGGACACAUGUGGGUUCCUGAUGAGACAACUUGGGUAUCACAGGUCCAGUGAAUAAUUAGCUGCAGGCCAGCUAUUGUCAUCAAUCUCCUGUAUUUGUGAUUUUUGUCUUGUAUUUUUGCACUUUUCAGUUGCAACCAAAUUAAAAGUAAGAUGUUGGAAACUGGCACUAUAAUUGAUUCAAAUAUUGUCCUAGUCAACACAUGACAUUUUAUAUUAAAAUGCCUUAAGUAAAUGCCUGU